AUGUCUCCAUCGUCUCUUCAACAAAACGGGGCCGCCCAAGGAGCCCAAACCCAAACCACUCUCAAUGCAGAUGGCGAAGGCCAGGACACCCACAGAGAUAGGUGGCAUCAUGGUUUAUGUGGAUGUUGCGCCUCGUGCGAAUUAUGCCUUCUAGGCACCUUUUUACCUUGUCUUCUGUUUGGACAAACGUCCCAUCGUAUCGAGGACCCGUCCAUGGAAGGAUACAGUCACGUAAACAGCGACUGUAUAGUUAUGAUGGGCGUGACCUAUCUUACUGGGUUUGGCUGGAUGAUCGUCAUGCGCAAGCGUUUCCAGAUCCGCCAGCGCUACGGCAUCAAGGGAAGCGACGCAAGAGACUGCUGUGCCUCUUACUGGUGCUUCUCUUCAGCACUUGUCCAGCAUGAAAGAGAAGUGCUUGCUCGUCAGAAAACGAGUUCAGUCGUCCAAGGUUACCAAAGGCAACCUGCGAUGGAAAUGAAGCCUACACAUGCUAACCCCACUACGUGAUACACGGAUUGCCUGGCCCCGCGGAUCAUGAAUCAGUCAACCUCUGAAGCUUGACUGAAGAUGGAGAAGGCGACGGGGAGGCCGGUCCCUCGGAUAUGAAACCACUCGUUGAAAGGCUUCCUCGUAGCUUGUUUUUUCUCGUUGUGCCAUCAUUGUAAGAAAGCGAAUAACGUCUAUACCCUACUU